AUGCAUCCCGACUUGCGCCUGGAAUGCUUGAACCGGCUGCCUGCUGCUUUGGAGGAGAUAGCCCGUCAAGCCUGCGAUUGCGAGGACCCGGAUGGAUUUGUGUCACUCGUUGCCCUCAUGGCGCUCGAAACCCCCAUGCGCGACUAUUCCAGGCACUUUCUACCAGCAUUUUAUCAUCUUUUAAAUCCUGCGAGGAUUCCAACUGCAUCUCAGGUCGAUCAGCCAUCCGCGCAAAACCAGGCCCAUAUCGUGGCUGCUUACAUCGCGAUGAAUGGUGUUUUCCAAGCUCGAGUUUUGGACUCAUUGCCUACGGGAACAGAGGUUCCUCUCUGGCUACGGAUCUUUGAAUGGAUCCAAUUCGUACUGGAGUUCCACGACUAUGUGGCACCGACACCUGGCUUCCGCAAUCUCAAGCAACAAGAACCACUGCUCAACUUCCUUGACUUCACUUAUCACGUCAAAUUGGCAGCGGCUAUCCGGAAUAGCAACGACUUCUCAGAACUGUUUCAUUCGACCAAACGCCCGACUAUUCUUUUUGUCUUCUUCAAAAUCUGGGAACUUAUCAUGGAACUCGAGGACGGCGACACCCGCAGGACAAACCUAGGCAUGCUACCCAGCGUCAUUCUCGAUCAGUUCGACAAGCUAGACGCCGAAUCUAUCAUCGCUGCUCUGGGGGCCUCCUUCGAUGACGUUGCAGAGUUUCUGGUGGAAAAUAUCGAUCUCUGCAUCAACAGUUUGCGGUCUGGGAGUGAAGAAAUGAAUGAUCACUUCCACUUCACGCUAAACAUAAUCUCUCGUAUGAGCUGGCUGGAAGACUUUGGUCACCUCGAUCAAGCCCCAAGUCUGACUGCAAUGUACAGUGCCUUGCGCUUUCGCAAAAUUAUCAAAAUACUCACCCAAGCGCUGUGCAUACUGGCAGCGACAGAAGAUGAGGCGGAACGAGAUCAAGAAAUGUCCUCGGAACCAGUCAUGUCAGUCAUAUUCGCUCUUUCAGAAAUGCUCUCCGUGUUCGAUGAAGCGGACAUGCGAUCUGCGCUUCGGCAUGGCCUUUUGCGAUCCAUCAUCCGCCUUGGACAACGUCGGCUGCCUAGUGAUACUGUGCAUUAUCUGAAGGCCUUCGUCCGCGAGAUUAUACUUCCUUUCAAUAUCUACACUCCCGUCCUGCGUAUCCUACAUGGUCAACUUGGGGCGUCCUCGAUCAGUGCGGUUCGCUAUCCGGAUUUAUCAGAUGUUAUUCAAGACUACGCGGAUUGUGGCAAGCUCUUUUUGUCUGCCUUGCGUCUCACAGACCCGGUCAAACACGCUGUGAAGGCAUGCGACAACACCAAGACAGUGCCAAUUGAUGAUACCCAAGACUCGCCUGCGGCGUUGUACCCGCUGCCAGUCUAUGCUGUACUGCUCUACAUCGUGCCAGUUCCGAAGUCAACGUAUAAGACGACGCCAGAUGUUGUCCUCCGGGUCGUGGAAUGUGGUGCGCGCAAUCGUGCAUCAGUUAUACCAAGAGCGUCGGCUAGAAAUAUUCUUCAAAACUGGCCGACGUUCGGUGAACGACUGGCGCCGUUGUACCGUCACAGUCUUUGA